AUGAAUCCUUGUGUUUUUAUAAUUUUCCCACUUCUCUUGCUACGCCUUGAGACUACAACUUCCAACCAAGUGGGUGGAGGAGAUGACAAUGUUGUUAUGAAAAAGUGUUCUGAUAAGGAGGGACGUGCUCUUCUUGAUUUCAAAGCUCGCCUCCAAGACCCUGAUGAAACUCUUUCUACAUGGAGAGCUGAAGAAGAAGAAUGUUGUAAAUGGAGUGGAGUCACAUGCAACAACCAAACAGGUCGUGUCAUCGAGCUAAGUAUUAGAUUCGGUGGCCUUAAAGGUGAGAUUAGCAAUUCUUUGCUUAACUUAACCCACCUGACUCAUCUUGAUCUUCUCUCUAAUUCUUUUCAUGGAAUUAUUCCCACGUUCAUUGGUUCCAUGACUCGUUUAAGGCACCUUGACCUUGGUUGGAAUCAUUUUAAUGGAACCAUUCCCAGGUUCAUUUGCUCCAUGACCAAAUUAAGGUACCUCAACCUUGGCAAUAAUGAUCUUAACGGAACCAUUCCCAGAUGCAUUGGUUCCUUGACCAAAUUGAUGUACCUUGAUCUUUCCUAUAACUCUUUUUAUGGAAUCAUUCCUCCAGAGUUUGGAAAUCUCACCAACUUGCAAUACCUUUACCUUGGAGUUGUUGGCAGAUGUAGAGUUGAGAACCUACAGUGGUUAUCUCAUCUCUCUCAUUUGGAGUCACUUGAAAUGGAUGGGAUUUCUCUAGCCAAACAAAAUUAUUGGGUAGAUGUGAUUCUGAGUCUCCCAAAUCUCUCAUUUUUAAGCUUAGGGGGAUGUGAGCUCUCGCAGGUCAUGUAUCCAUAUUCUUCUUCAUUUCUCAACUCUUCUUCAUCUUUAUAUUUCCUAAAUCUCAGAAACAACAAUCUCACCUCUUCCAUGUAUCAUUGGAUGUUCUCAUUAACCAGCAAUAGCCUUCAUAUUCUUUCUCUCUCUGGGAACAUGUUAGAUGGGAUACCCAAAUAUCUUGGUAACCUCUGUAGUUUGGAAUAUUUUGCAUUUGAUAACAACUCUGCUGUUGUCAAUUUUCCUGAUUUUCUCAACAACUUGUCUGGAUGCACAUCGCUUUCAUUAAAAGAAUUCUCUGCUUAUGGAAGCCAAUUUAUAGGGACACUCUCCAAUGAGAUCCUAACAUUUAAAAAUCUCUCCAUUCUUGGUAUGAGAUCUUGCAAUCUAGGGCCUCACUUCCCCAGAUGGAUUCAAACUCUGAAAAAUCUUUCAUAUCUUGAUAUUGCCAACAAUGGAAUUUCAGACACGAUUCCUCUGGGGUUUUGGGACAUGUGGCCUUCUCAAUUAACAUAUCUCAAUCUCUCUUCCAACAACAUCAGCGGGAAAGUACCAGAUUUAUCAUCAAAUUUUGGCAACAAUUCUAGCAUAGAUUUGAGUUCCAACAGAUUUUAUGGUCCAAUAACAAAGAUCUCUUCCACUGUGGCAUUACUCAAUCUUUCUAGAAACAAAUUCUAUGGUGGAAUCUCCUUCUUAUGCCAAAUUGUCCAUGGGUUUUUAGCUGUUCUUGACCUCUCCCAUAAUUUUCUAAGUGGACAACUUCCAGACUGUUUGUGGCGUUUCAAAGAACUAAUUGUUCUUAAUCUAGAACACAACAAUCAUGCUGGAGAGCUUCCUACCUCUGUUGGAUCUUUGAUUAAACUCGAGUCAUUGAUGUUAUACAAGAACAAUUUGUCCGGAGAAUUGCCUGUGUCUUUAAAGACCUGCACGAGAUUAAACUCAUUGAAUUUGGGGGCCAACAAGUUUUCUGGUAAUGUGCCUACUUGGAUUGGGGAAAACUUAUCCGGGUUGCAUGUUCUUAUCCUGAAAUCAAACAACUUCUACGGAACCAUCCCUUUGGAAUUAUGUCAAUUAGCAAAUCUUCAAAUUCUGGACUUGUCAAGGAACAAUCUCCAUGGAAACAUUCCCUCAUGCUUGAAUAAUCUUACAAGCAUGGUCGGGAAGAAUUGCCACUUGUACAGAGUGACACAGCUCCAGACCUUUGCACCAUCAAGAUAUGAUGGAAACUUAGGUCUAUGUGGACCUCCCCUUACCACAAAAUGUCUGGGAGAUGAAGAAUCGGAAGUACAAUCCCUCAAAAGUGAAAGUGAUGGUGAUGGGGAAGACACAUAUGAACUUUGGGGGUGGUUCUAUAUUGGCGGAGGAACUGGUUUUGUUACUGGAUUCUGGAUAGCAUGUGGUGCUCUACUUCUAAACCGUCGAGGGAGACAUGCUUUUUUUCAAUUUUAUGAUAGCUUCAAAGAUUGGGUUUAUGUGAAGGUGGUGGUGUGCAUCGCAAAUUUGCAAAAGCUUAGACAUGCAUUUCUCGUUUAA